AUGAGGCGGGAAUAUUACCCGACAGAUUCCCUCCCAGCGUGGCUCCGCCUCAAUGGAGUCACUGCAAAUGGAGUUGCUUUCCGAAAGUUUGGCUUGGCCGAAAAUGAUGCAGACAAGGGCAAUGCCAUCGUCGCAACAGAAUCGAGAACUAGCAAGGAAAGCGACACACAGCCGGAGGUCCUCCUUCGAGUACCAUCCGACCUGGUACUAUCACUAGAAGCUGUACAUGGUUAUGCCAAGUAUGAUGAGCACUUGCGCCAGGUGUUGGAUGCAGUCGGUGAAUUUGGUACGACAGCGAGGGGUGCUAUCAUGAUAUUCCUUCUCUUCCAAAUAUCUCAUUCAAGUCUAGAUAUGCCUAUACACAUUGGUGUAUCGAAUCCCUGGACGGAAUACGUCAAGUUUUUCCCUUCAUCGUUUCCUUUGCCCACCUUCUACUCUGCCGAAGAACUGGAGCUGCUAAGAGGCACUUCGCUUGCAGUCGCAGUAGAGGAAAAGGCUGCAUCUCUAGAGCGGGAGUAUGAGCAUAUUCGUCAUUCUACUGAAAGCAUUCAUUGGUGUCAGCAAUGCUGGUGGGAUGAGAAGUCUGGUAAAUUCUCUAUGGACGAUUGGCGGUACAUUGAUGCUGCUUAUCGGUCUCGCAUGGUGGAUUUGCCGGGAUGGGGGCACUCGAUGGUUCCUUGUAUCGAUAUGGCGAAUCAUGUGGCCGGCAAGGACGUGAAGGCAUUGUAUGAUGUUGAUUCGGACAGGAACGCUAUUCUUCAAUUGCGUUGGGGCCAGAGUAUACAGCCUGGAGAUGAGGUGACUAUUUCAUAUGGCGAUGAAAAAUCUGCAUCUGAGAUGCUAUUCUCAUAUGGAUUCCUGCCUGAAGACCUGUCCGAAACCAAACAGGUGGUCUUGGACAUGGCCCUGCCGGAUGAUGACCCGCUUGGGGUAGCCAAGAACAUGUUCUGUCGCAGGACUCCUGGGCUCAAGAUCUCUACAGAAGACAGCUUAGAUGAAGGCUUACCAGCGACAGCAUCAGACGUCACCUGGGACAGCCCACUCGUCUGGUGGGCAUGUGUAAACGAAGAAGACGGCUUAUGCAUCGGCGUCGCUCAAAAGACAGACGGCACAAAGGAACUCGAAGCAAUUUGGAACGGCAAAAAGAUCGAAUCCCCCGAUCAACUUCGAGGGCUUCUCGCAGCGGAUCCACUAUGGGACAUCUUCCAGCUGCGAGCUGCAGUACUGGUCCUUGAACGAGUGGAGACUCAGCUAUCUCUGCUUCAUCAGACAGAACAAAUAUUGGAGAAUCUUCGUGAGAAUCAGGAUCUUUUCGAGACACUUUUCAGACCUGAGGUCCUAGGCCUAGUCUCUCAGUUACGAAUAGUUGAAGGGGCGCUGUUGCAAAGAGUGGUUGAGAGUCUUAUGGAUCAAAAAACCGAGUUGCUGGAAUCGGAGACUGUAUUGGCCUACCUCACCCAACAAGCUCAGGUAGAGGACGUCGAGGAUUUCUCAUAG